AUGGAGAACACGCAAGGGAACGCGCCAUCACAAGACAAGAGAGCUAUGGCGCAGGGCCAGCAAAAUCCCCCUCCACCCUACCAGGAGGUGUCCGCUAUGGGGGACACACAGCCUGCGCAAUUUCCUGGAUAUUCACAACAGGCUUACCAAAACCCUUACCCGGGACAGCCCUAUCAAGGCCAGCCUUACCCUGGACAGCCUUACCCGGGACAGCCCUACCAAGGCCAGCCUUACCUGGGACAACCUUACCCAGGACAAGUUUACCCGGGACAGGUGUACCCAGGACAGACUGUGAUUACCGUACAGCAUGCGCCUCUGUCUCCUCCAGAGAACGACUAUCUGGUGUACUCUAUCAUCACCCUGCUGUGCUGCUGUUUCCCUUUGGGGAUUGCUGCUUUGGUUUUCUCUAUCAGUUGA